AAAUUGUCCCUCGCCUGGUGCCGUAGUAAACAGUGAUGGCUUCCUCCGAGACGCAGCCUCGCUUCGGUCAAUCUGUUAAAGGUUUAUUGUCUGAUAAAGUCACUUCUUGCAGUGGAGACGUGAUCGCUCUAACCCGUCAGAUGUUGAAAGGAUCCAGGAGCCAAGAACUACUCAGUCAGGCAGCGAGAAAUAUGGUAAUUCAAGAAGAUGCAAUUCUGCAUUCUGAAGAUAGUCUGCGGAAGAUGUCUAUUAUAACAACCCACUUGCAGUAUCAGCAAGAGGCCAUUGAAAAGAAUGUAGAACAUUCCAGAACCCUGCAGGACCAGCUCAAACACUUGAUGAGAUAAUGUUGCCCUUAUAACAACAUGCUGUGAAUAUUGCAUUAUUUUGUUUUUCAUUUAUUUUUUUUCUUUUAAAAAGUCGAUCAAAUCUUUUUUUUUUUUUUUUGAGACUGCAAAUUAUAGCUUAUUGCAUAGCAGAUUGAAAGAAAAGAAAGAUUGUUUCCAGUAUUCAUAUUUGUCUUUUGAAAUGAUACAACGUCAAAUGUCAAAACAAAAUGCUCUGUUUUUGUCUAUUUGCUUUUAGACUUUUAAAUCUUGUAUAGUGGAAAUUUCCCAAUUUACUGUACGAAUUGUAUUUUCCUGUUAAUUUAUUUAUGUCUUGUUUUAUGUUGUUAUUUUUGUUCCAGAUUUACUUGAAUAUAUUUGUAUAAAAUCGAAUCACAGAAGCACAGAAUCGUUUCUGCACAUUUUGUUUUAGUUCUUGGAGCAGCUUUAUCAAAUGUUUGUGGAAAACUAAAGUAAAUGAAUGAAACGUG